GCGAACCACUGAAAAGUCCCCACGAACUUUUACUCUAGCCCUCCCAGGGUCUCUCUUCGGCGGCGGCGAUGUCUCUCGCCCCGGACCCGGCGGACGGCGGCGCCGGCACCGGCACCGGCGACGACUGGUUCCUCGACUGCGGCAUCCUCGACGACCUCCCGGCCGCGGCCUGCGGGGCCUUCCCGUGGGACGCGUCCCCGUCUUCUUCCAACCCCAGUGUGGAAGUGGGCAGCUAUGUGAAUACCAAUGAUGUUUUCAAGGAGCCCAAUGAUGUCUUCAAGGAGCCUGGCAGCAAUAAGCGUUUGAGGUCAGGAUUCAAUGAUGUGCAUGUGCCAACAUCUAAAGCUUCUAGGGAAAAAAUGAGGAGGAACAAGCUGAAUGACAGGUUUCUUGAAUUGGGGUCUACAUUAGAACCAGGGAAGCCAGUAAAAGCUGACAAAGCUGCUAUCCUAAGUGAUGCUACUCGCAUGGUUAUUCAGCUUCGUUCAGAAGCACAGCAGCUGAAGGAAACUAAUGGUAGUCUUGAAGAAAAGAUCAAAGAACUCAAGGCCGAGAAGGAUGAACUUCGUGAUGAGAAGCAGAAGCUGAAAUUGGAGAAGGAGAGUUUAGAACACCAGAUGAAGCUGAUGACAUCGACUCCAACCUACAUGCCUCAUCCGACCCUGAUGCCGGCGCCUUUCCCUCAGGCACCCCUAGCGCCGUUCCAUGCCCAGGGGCAAGCUGCAGGGCAGAAGCUGAUGAUGCCCUUUGUCAGCUAUCCGGGGUACCCAAUGUGGCAGUUCAUGCCGCCUUCAGAGGUCGACACCUCGAAGGACAGUGAAGCGUGCCCUCCUGUUGCAUAAUCGCUUCGAUUGGCGGCUGGUCGUGCUCACACCAUGCGAAUUAGUCGCAACUGAAGCCCCCCCUAGCUGUCGAUUCAUUGAUUGGCUAUAACUGCUGUUGUUAUAUUUGUAGUUCGUUGGUGACCAAGUAAGCUGCUGAUAUCUGUGGCGGGGCGCCCUACUAUAGAGGCUACUGAUACCCCUUCAAUGGCUGUACAUUUUUUUACUGUUAUUCUUUUUGCGGAGAAAAGAAGAAUGUUUGUUCUUGUUCUCCACAGCAACAAUGUCACAUACCCUAUUAUUCUAUAUAUAUGUCGUGUAUUUUAUAUUUAA